AUGAAGGAAGUUGUUGUGGAUGUGGCACCCAAAAAGAUCAAGGGUUUGCACUUCUCCGCAUUGAGUGCGUCGGAUAUUGUCGCUCAAUCUGAGGUAGAGAUAUUCACUCGAGAUUUGUUUGAUCUUGAAAAUGGGAGGGCUCCGAAGCAAGGCGGUGCGUUAGAUUCGAAAAUGGGGGUUUCUUCAUCUCAGGCGGAGUGUUCUACAUGCCAUGGGAAUCUGGCUUCAUGUCACGGGCAUUUUGGUCAUAUUAAACUUGCGCUUCCUGUGUUUCAUAUUGGGUAUUUCAAGGCCACAAUCCAAAUUCUGCAGAGUAUUUGCAAGAACUGUGCCGCCAUUUUGCUGAGUGAAGAGGAAAAAAGACAGUUCCUUGCUGAGCUGAGACGUCCUGGCAUUGAUAACCUAAGAAGGAUGGCUACUUUGAGAAAGGUGUUAGAUCAGUGCAAGAAACAGAGGCGUUGUCUGCAUUGUGGUGCGUUGAACGGUGUUGUGAAAAAAGCAGCGACAGGAUCAGGUUCAGCUGCACUGAAAAUUAUCCAUGAUACCUUUCGCUGGGUUGGUAAGAAGUCUGCUCCUGAGAAGGAGAAAUGGAUUGGGGAUUGGAACCAGGUUCUGCAGCACAAUCCAGAAUUAGAACGGUACAUGAAACGUUCCAUGGAUAAUCUCAAUCCUUUGAAAACUUUGAAUUUGUUUAAGCAAGUCAGAGCCCAAGACUGCGAGUUACUGGGUAUUGACUCUACUGUGAAGGCUGGCAGACCGGAGACUUAUAUAUGGAGAUACCUGCCUGCUCCUCCAGUGUGUAUUCGUCCGUCAGUGAUGAUGCAAGAUUCUCCUGCUUCUAAUGAAGAUGACCUUACCGUUAAGCUGACCGAAAUCGUUUGGACUUCUUCUCUAAUCAAAGCAGGACUGGAGAAGGGUAUAUCUAUAAAUAACAUGAUGGAGCAAUGGGACUACUUACAGAUGGCUGUCGCAAUGUACAUAAAUUCUGAUUCUGUCAACCCAGCAUUGAUGCCAGGCGGUACAGGCGGUGGAAAGACGAAGCCUAUAAGAGGUUUUUGCCAAAGAUUGAAGGGUAAGCAGGGGAGAUUCAGAGGUAACUUGUCUGGUAAACGUGUGGAUUUUUCGGGUAGAACUGUUAUUUCACCAGACCCAAAUUUGUCCAUUGAUGAAGUGGCAGUUCCAGACCGUGUGGCUAAGGUGUUGACAUACCCGGAAAGAGUCACCCGUUAUAAUAAGCAUAAGCUGCAGCAGCUGAUAAUCAAUGGCCCAAAUGUUCAUCCGGGUGCAAAUUAUAUGCUGAAGAAGAAUGAAGACGCCAGAAGAAACUUGCGUUACGGUGAUCGCAUAAAAUUAGCUAAGAACAUACAGAUUGGAGAUGUGGUUGAAAGACAUAUUGAGGAUGGUGAUGUUGUAUUGUUUAAUAGACAGCCUUCUUUGCACAGAUUAUCAAUUUUGUCACAUUAUGCUAAGAUUCGCCCCUGGAGAACUUUCAGAUUAAAUGAGUGUGUGUGCACUCCGUAUAACGCAGAUUUUGAUGGUGAUGAAAUGAACUUGCAUGUUCCCCAAACUGAGGAGGCUCGUGCAGAGGCAAUUAAUUUGAUGGGAGUGAAGAACAAUCUAUUAACUCCCAAAUCAGGGGAACCUAUUAUUUCUGCGACGCAGGAUUUUAUUACGGGUUCAUACUUAAUCUCCCAUAAAGAUUCAUUUUUCGACCGGGCAACGUUUACUCAAUUGCUUUCAAUGAUGGCGGACGCUAAUAUGCAAUUUGAUCUACCUCCUCCUGCAAUAAUCAAGCCGUGCUACCUAUGGACCGGUAAGCAGGUAUUUUCCUUGCUAAUAAGACCAAAUAAAAAAUCGCCGGUUAUCAUAAAUUUGGAUGCUAAAAAUAAAGUCUACCUUCCACCUAAGAAUAAAAGUUUUCCAAAUGAAAUGUCAUCCAAUGACGGCUAUGUUAUUAUACGAGGGUCUGAGAUUCUAUGUGGUGUGAUGGACAAGUCUGUUUUAGGUGAUGGUAAGAAACACUCCGUAUUUUAUACAAUCCUAAGAGAUUUCGGUCCAUAUGAGGCUGCCAAAGCGAUGAAUAGAAUGGCUAAAUUAUGUGCUAGAUACCUGGGGAAUAGAGGGUUUUCUAUCGGGAUCAACGAUGUCACCCCCGGUAAGGAAUUGAAGGCGAAGAAAGAAGAGAUGGUUGAAAUCGCGUAUGCUAAAUGUGAUGAGUUAAUUGACUUAUUCAAAAGGGGAGAAUUAGAGACGCAACCAGGUUGUAAUGAAGAGCAAACCCUAGAGGCAAAAAUUGGUGGCCUUUUGUCGAAAGUUAGAGAGGAAGUUGGUGAGGUCUGUAUUAGAGAAUUGGACAAUUUGAAUGCGCCAUUGAUUAUGGCAACAUGUGGUUCUAAAGGUUCUAAUUUGAAUGUUUCUCAGAUGGUCGCCGUUGUUGGACAACAGAUCAUAUCUGGUAAUCGUGUUCCUGAUGGGUUUCAAGACCGUUCCUUGCCACAUUUUGCAAAGAACUCUAAAACACCACAAUCAAAGGGUUUUGUUAGAAGUUCUUUUUUCAGUGGCUUAUCUCCUCCGGAAUUUUUGUUUCAUGCUAUUUCUGGUCGUGAAGGUUUGGUUGAUACUGCUGUGAAAACUGCCGAAACCGGUUAUAUGUCUCGUAGGUUGAUGAAAUCUUUAGAAGAUUUGUCUUGUCAGUACGACAAUACUGUCCGGACAUCAUCUAAUGGUGUUGUUCAGUUUACUUAUGGUGGUGAUGGCCUUGAUCCAUUGAAUAUGGAAGGUAAUGCACAGCCAGUGAACUUUAACAGAUCAUGGGAUCAUGCUAACAACAUCACAUUCAACAAUGAAGAACCUGGACUAUUACCGUACCAGAUAAUGGAGACAUCAAAUAGCAUUUUAGUGCCUCUGGAAAGGCAGCUAUUGAGAUUGGAUAAUGUAGGUAAUGCAAUCAGUGCUGAUCUCGGGUCAAAUGAUGAAUAUAUUGAUCAAAAUGAUGCUGAGAGGGACUUCUACCAAUCUUUGAGGACAUAUAUGACGGCCAAGGCUCACAGACUCGCACAAAUAAGAAAGUCAAAGGGCUUGAAAUCACUUUUGGAAGAACCCGCACAAGAAUUAAAAUAUAUGGAUCUGGACGCAUCGGCGUCAACUGCAGAUUUGAACUCUAUUAAUCAACUGUGUAAAAUCAGCUACAAUUUGGUGACUACAUUUUUGAAUAUUGCAAUCUCAAAGUACCACAAAGCAAAGGUCGAACCUGGUACUGCGGUUGGAGCAAUAGGUGCACAUUCAAUUGGUGAACCGGGUACUCAAAUGACUUUGAAAACUUUCCAUUUUGCUGGUGUUGCUUCUAUGAAUAUCACUUUAGGUGUCCCGCGUAUCAAAGAAAUUAUCAAUGCUUCUAAAGUUAUCUCUACUCCUAUUAUUAAUGCUUUGUUGGUUAACGAUAAUGAUGAAAGAGCAGCACGUGUGGUUAAAGGUAGAAUUGAAAAAACUUUGCUGUCAGACGUGGUGUUCUAUAUCCAAGAUGUUUACAGAGACAAUAUGUCAUUCAUCCAGGUGAAGGUAGAUUUAUCUACCAUUGAAAAAUUACAACUUGAACUAACUAUUGAAGACAUUGCCAUCGCAAUAUCUAGAGCACCAAAGUUAAAGAUAUCUACCGGUGAUGUGUCUAUAAUUGGUAAAAACAAAAUAAAUAUCAGUGUUGGUAAUGACCUUGAAAAGGGUAAAUCUAUUUCAACACUGGUAUCCGAGCCAAAUGAAAACGAUGUGUUUUAUAGAAUGCAGCACCUCCGUCGUGCACUACCAAACAUCGUCGUCAAAGGCUUGCCAGACAUUUCCAGAGCAGUUAUCAAUAUUCUUGAAGACGGUAAGAGGGAAUUGUUGGUUGAAGGUUACGGUUUAAGAGAUGUGAUGACAACGGAUGGUGUUAUUGGUUAUAAGACGAAGACAAACCAUUUCCUAGAGGUUUUCGAAGUGUUGGGUAUCGAAGCUGCCAGGACAAGUAUUAUUGAUGAAAUUGAUUACACAAUGAGUAACCAUGGUAUGAGUGUUGAUCCUCGUCAUAUUCAAUUGCUGGGUGAUGUAAUGACAUAUAAAGGUGAGGUUUUAGGUAUUACAAGAUUCGGUUUAUCUAAGAUGAGGGAUUCUGUAUUGCAACUGGCGUCUUUUGAGAAAACAACAGAUCACCUGUUUGAUGCUGCAUUUUACAUGAAAAAAGACGCGGUUGAAGGUGUCUCAGAGUGUAUUAUUUUGGGUCAAACUAUGUCGAUUGGUACAGGUUCGUUCAAGGUUGUUAGAGGUACAAAUAUUUCCAUGGAUGAAUUGAAGCCAAAUCCAACACUUUUCGAAAAUCUAUGUAAUAACACAGCAUUGAAGGUAAGUUGA